AUGGAUAGGGCAGCGUACCUACGCCGUUUUACGGCCGAAUAUAUAGUCAAACUUUGUGAACUGAAUCACAUAGAUACGAACGAGGUCAAGACCAAACAAGAAAGAGUCGCAAGUCUCUGCGACCUACCACACAUGAGCGAGGAUACAACACAAUCCUCUGGACUGGGAACUUCUGAACUCAUGAAAUUCAUCCAAGAGAUGGAACACAGCCGUCAAUCGCAGACAGAAAAACUGUGCAAAUCAUUGGUAGAUGCUGUCACGGAGUCAGCCAAAAAACCUCCUGUGGUACAGCUGGGCCCUAAACUUCCCGACUUCCACAAACUAAGCAGUGAUGAUGACAUCACGUGCUACUUGGCGACUUUCAAGCGCCUCGCAACUGCGACCAAGAAACCAAAGACAGAGUGGCCUCGCCUACUUGAACCUUACCUAACUGGGAAAGCCCAGAAGGUUUUCUACAGUCUUAGUGAGGAGGACAAACAAGAUUUUGACAAGAUAGUGGCCGCGAUUGAACGUCGAUAUUUUCGCACUCCUGAAGCCUACAAAAUGGAAUUCAAGUCAGACUUCAAGAAAGGUGAUGAGACUUUUGAGGACUACGCCAACAGACUCAACCACAAUUUCCUGAAGUGGCUUCAGACAGAUAAAGCUACAGCGGAGGUUGCCGAGGUAAAACGCUGUUUCCAUCUCAUCAUGAUGGAUCAGUUUUUGUCCAUGGUGCGCAACGACAGUCUCCGUCUGAAGCUGCACGAACGAAAACUCCAGACAGUGUUCGAACUCGCUCGUGCUGCGGACGAGUACUUGCUCCACCAGCGGUCAACCAAUGCCCUCCAAAACAACUCCAGAAACAAUCCAUCAACACCACCGGCUCCAGAAAAAACUCCAGUCUCCGCCGGUAAGCCACCCUUCUCAGUGAACAAACCCCCAUCCACAACCACACCUAACAAUUCACAGCCACCCGCACGGUCAGCUCCACAGCCGCCCAAGGCCUACGACAAGCCUCAGCCUCCAAAUAAGGUGAACUUUCUGCAGUCAGACACGACCUGUGGAAACGGUCCAUUGGUCGAAGCAGCCAUCGCUGACACCCACAGUGUCGUCGCGCUCGUAGACACUGGUUCCAGCCGCUCAUUGAUUACGGAUGAAUUCUGUGAUGAACUUGGUCUGUCACCUCGCCUGCCAGAUAUGGAGACAUUGAUCAUGGUCGACGGUUCUGAGCUGGCCACGCUCGGAACUGUUGAGACACAAGUUCGUGUAGGCAGUACGGACGCAGUGCUUCGCCUGCACAGGGUUCACCGCUUGCCUACCCCUGUCUUGCUUGGGAUGGACUAUGUACACAAGGCCCAUCUCACGCUUGACUUCGCGAAUAACUGCUACUGGACAGUCGGUUCUGCGGAAGACCACCUCAUCAAGUUCCCUAUGCUUGGUACCCCCGCCCCUCCCCCUUGUCGUGUGGAUCCGGCCGUGCCGCCCGAUGUAGAUCUGCCUCCGCGGACUUCUUCGCAAUUGGACCAACCGAUCCUCACAGGUAAUGAUCUCCACCGCAUCGACUGCCUGCUGAAUGACUUUCCGAAUGUCAUGUCUGACCAACCAGGACGGACAGACAUUGCACAGCACUACAUCGAUAUCGGUGACGCUCCACCCCAGCGCUCACCACCAUAUCGUCUCUCGCCAGAUCGUCGUCAAGCCCUACACGAGGAAAUCGAUUCACUUCUGCAGUCUGGAAAGAUCACGCCUUCGAAAUCGCCAUGGGCCUCGCCCGUGCUGAUGGUCCCCAAGAAAAACGGCCAGUUCAGGUUCUGUGUGGACUAUCGGAAACUGAAUCGCGUGACGAAACUUGACGCGUACCCGAUGCCCACUAUCGACACCAUACUUGACUCUCUCCAUGGUGCUAAGAUAUUUAGCUCCCUGGAUCUCCGUAGCGGCUACUGGCAAAUGGGCAUGGCUCCCGAGGAUGCUGAGAAAACAGCCUUCAUCUGUGAAGAGGGGCUGUUUCACUUCACCGUACUUCCCUUUGGAGUGGUAAACGGUCCAGCCAGCUUCCAGCGCCUUAUGUCGGAGGUGCUGGGAGACCUCAUCGGUCGCACGUGCUACGUAUAUCUCGAUGAUAUCGUUUGCUACUCACACGACGUCGAUCAACAUCUCGCUGAUCUUCGUGAAGUACUGGCCAAACUACGUUCCGCUGGUCUGACUGUAAACUUCGAGAAAUGCAACUUCGCAUGCUCCGAAAUGUCUUACCUCGGACACGUUGUGAGCGAGGACGGCCUACGUCCAAAUCCAGACAAGGUAGCUGCAAUUCGCGACUAUCCCGUUCCCCAGACACGGAAACAACUCGAACGUUUCUUGGGAAUGGUUGGGUGGUAUCAGAAGUUUAUCCCCCACCUGUCCGACACAGCUGACCCCUUGUAUCAACUUCGUCGAAAGGACGUUCCCUGGACAUGGUCUCCCGCAUGUCAGAACGCCUUUGAUUCCCUACGACACGCACUCACAACACAGCCAAUUCUGGGUUUCUCCGAUCCUGACUUGCCCUUCUCCAUCCAUACGGACGCGAGCAACGUCGGACUUGGUGCCAUUCUCCUCCAGAGCCAGGAAAAUGGUCCACGCACAAUCGCUUUCGCUAGCCGAGCUCUCUCCAGUGCUGAAAGAAACUAUAGUGCAACAGAGAAAGAGUGCCUGGCUGUUGUUUGGGCACUUGAGAAAUGGCGCCCCUAUCUGGAAGGUCGCCACUGUCGCGUAGUAACUGACCAUCAGGCCUUAUGCUGGCUGUUCCGCAGAUCCCAUCAGAAAGGACGCCUCGCACGCUGGGUCUUACGCCUACAGGACUUCACAUUUGACGUCGUGUAUCGCCCCGGACCGCUCAAUGUGGUACCUGAUGCCCUCUCCAGAGUCCCCUCAUGUCGUUGGAGUGGUACAAGCGAACCCCCCACCACCUCCGACACCGCCCCCGACACCCCAUCCGCCAACGCUUACGUCAGUCGGUAG